AUGUCUUAUGGUCUUCCGUUUCUGAGUUCUAGAAAAGCCAAAAAGCUGCUGGAAGCAGCAAUAUCCGCCGAUGAGAAAAACGCCCCCAACGCCUUCGCCCUGUAUGACAAUGCAGCGAAGAAAUUCAAUUUGGCGAAGCGAAAAAAUCCUGCUUCAAUCGCGAAAUAUGAAAAAUGGGAGCGCCACUGCUUGGAACGCAGUUUAGAGUUGCGCAAAGCGAUGAAAAGUGCUCCUGCUGCCAGCAGAGGGAAUCACCAAGAGGCGUGCUCACCCUUUUCUCCUCCUUCGAAUAAAAUUGACGACUCCUCGAAGCUUUCCGCGGAUGAGAUAGCCGUUUUGCGUCGAAGCAGCUUUAUUAACGGCAAGAAAUUCGUUCCAUUCUUCCCAGCUGAUGCUAGCUAUGCUAAUCUAAGCGGAAACGGGCGAUGGAAGGACUCUGAUGGAAUUUUGGACCUUUCAGCUAAACAAGUUAAACGUUUGGCCGGCUGGGCUCAUGCUGAAGACUACAUUCCGAACGCGACAGUGGUGAAUAAAGUAUCUCCUCGCAAUGUGACGCAAACGUUGGUUUCUGACUGUUCAUUUGUGUCAGCCAUGAUUCUGUCGGCCGGCUACGAGAACAAAUUCCACACGCAGAUCAUCACCAACUCGCUCUUCCCACAGAAUCGUGAGCGCAAGCCAGUUUUGAACCCUUAUGGCAAGUAUUGUGUUCGACUUCAUAUCAAUGGAUGCUGGAGACUCGUUGAGGUGGACACCCGGUUCCCCUUUGACCAGGGUGGGAGACUCUGA